AUGGUGCCGCCGUUUCCUCGCACCGCCGCGAGGAUGCUGAGUCGCGAAAUCGCCGGGAAAAGGAACUUUUCGACAUCCAAAAGCCGCAACGCUGACUUUACCCAUGCUGUCAUCGGUGCCGGAGCCGUCGGCCUAGCCAUCGCACGGCAACUGGCCUCCAGAACCGGCACAUCGACGAUUCUGAUUGAACGACACGGCUCCGUGGGCACCGAAACCAGCAGCCGCAACUCCGAAGUCAUCCACGCCGGCCUGUACUACGGCCCAGACAGCCUGAAGACGAAGCUGUGCCUGCGCGGAAAACACCUGCUCUACGAUCUAUGCGAGGCCCAGAACAUCCCGCACAGCCGCACCAAGAAGUGGAUCAUCGCCCAGGACGCGCAGCAGAUGGGCGAGCUGGAAGCCCUGCACGCGUUCGCGCAACGGAUCGACGUGCCCACGCAUUUCUUGGCACGCAAGGAAAUCCAGACCCAGGAGCCCGACGUGCGUGCGGAGGCCGGUGUCCUCGAAUCCCCCACGACGGGCAUCAUCGACUCGCAUGCCUUCAUGGCCUACCUCGAGGGCAGCUUUGACGAGCGCGGCGGCGACGAGAUGCUGCACACGGUGGUCACCAAAGUCGAGGCCCUUGGACAACACGGCGACGGGGAGGAAGGGUACGCCAUCACCACGCAGUCCCGCGACGGCAAGGGCGGCGAGGACGUCAUCACGGCCGAGGCGCUGAUCAACUCGGCGGGCCUGGCGGCCAUGGACAUCUCCAACAUGGUCCUCCCGCCCGACCGACACCGCAAGCCAUACUACGCCAAGGGGACGUACUUUUCGUACGCGGCGUCCCACCCCAAGCCAAAUACCCUACUAUACCCGGCGCCCAAACCCGGGUCGGGAGGUCUAGGCACCCAUCUGACGCUCGACAUGGCCGGGCGGGUCCGUUUCGGCCCCGACGUCGAGUGGGUCGACGACCCCACGGACUUGACCCCCAACCCGGCGCGUCUGGCUGCCGCCAUCCAAGUGAUCAAGGAUUAUUUGCCCUCCAUUGACGCCCAGGCGAUCGGCCUCGAUUACUGUGGGAUUCGGCCCAAACUGGGGAAGACAAGCGGCACGUACGGCAAGGACGGCGAGGGGUUCGCCGACUUCUACAUCAAGGAGGAGGAGGGGUUCAAGGGGUUCGUGAACCUCCUGGGCAUCGAGAGUCCCGGGUUGACGAGCGCGCUGGCGAUUGCCGAGUACGUGGAAGAUAUACUCUACGGGAACGGGUCGAGUGCUUGA